CCACGCUUGAAUUUUUUUCGUUUGAAACGGGCUCGUAACUGUCACCGUCACCUGUCAGUUUUUGUUUAUAUGAAUGUUUUUAAAUAAUUUACAAAAAAGUGUUUGUGGUGUCUAUUAGACAAUAGUGCGUGUACAACUUGGUAGAAGUAGUGUUUUUAUGUUUAACCAUUGUAGGAAAGCGGGCAUCUUCGAUGCAGUCGCAGCUCGAAGCGGCCCUUUUAGGGCACAGCUCUAAUGUAAAUACUUCUACCACUGUAGAUGACGACGAAAACAAUUUCCACGACGAUGACGGCGACGAGGUUGAAGAUUAUGUUGACGAGGAUUUAGAGGGCGAGAAUGUCUCUCGGGGCGGAAAGCUGUCCACAGGGCCCUCGGCCACUUCGCGCACUGUAACGCUUCAGAUGCUUUUGGCCGCUGAUAUCUUACAGCCUGGUAAUGGGACUAUGACAAUAGAGUAUUUGGGGCAGAGGUUUGUCGGUGAUUUGCUAGAAGACGGUAAAAUACGGAGUCAAGAGACCGAUAUUGUCUUUGCCUCGCCGAGCGCUUGGGCUAUAGCAUGCAAGAGAUUUAUUAAUCCGGAAAAGAAGUCAGGCUGUGGUUGGGCGUCUGUUAAAUAUCGCGGAAAAAAAUUGGACGCUUAUAAGAAUAUAUGGUAUAGAAAAAAGAAAGAAGAGAGGAAUCAGGAGUUUGACGGAACGUCUGAAUUGGAGAUUUUCAUGCAAAAGGCUUUAAAAAACACAAUGCAGUAUCACAGGAUGAUUGUUAAACACAACACGAUUGCCAACAGGACGCUGACCCAUGAUGCUAACACCUUAAUCGAAUGCGUCCCCUUUUCAAACAUCGGUAAAAUCCAACCAUUCCUAGUGUCAUUAUCGACAAAUGCUGCACUUUUGAUGGACUUCCAUUGCCAUUUAAUGAAAUCAGAAGUGUGUGGAUACUUGGCCGGUCAUUGGGACGUUAACAACCACAACUUGCAAAUAACCAGCGCUUUUCCUUGCCGAAACACAAAAUCUGAUCGUGAAAAUGCCCAAAAUGUGGAAACGGAAAUUUCCCGAGCCAUAGAUAAAGAAAAUUUAACUUUAGUCGGGUGGUACCACUCGCAUCCUUUCGCAGCAGCGGCACCCACUUUACGAGAUGUUGACGCUCAGUUAGAUUAUCAAAUUCGGAUGAAGGGCACUUCGGAUAAUAACUACACUCCGUGCAUUGGGAUUAUUAUAUCGCCUUAUAAUUACGACAACAGUUCGUUGGAGUCGAGUAUCGUGGCCUACUGGGUGGUACCGCCCCCUGAGACCAAACCCAACGAAUACGGCCGUCCAAUGCUCAUGUCCUACAGUGUGAUUCAGGACUCUCUCAUUACCCAAAACAUCAAAGACGAGAUGAAAAAAUGCGUUGAUUAUUACAAAAAAGAGUCAGAUUUCGUAAAUUUCAGCGACAGAUAUUUGAACACAAAUCUCUACAUCGACAAAUUGAAAAGCACCCUGAUAUCGAAAUUCCCCCGCGACGAAAGCGAAACAACCCUCUGGCGUUUCAUCCGCGAGAUUUUAGGCUUCCAAACUGAGGAAAACGACUGCUUAUUGAGCAUUCCCUCCAUUUCCAAGUCACAAAUGUUGCCCAGUUUGUCCUCGAACGUGAUGCUCUCAACGGACAUCUCCAACAUUCUCUUCAAUUCGGGCAAAUUUCCAACAGCUAGCAGUCUUUUAGGGCUUCCAGACCCGAUGGCUCAGAGCACACUAGCGGCAAAUAACAUGUUUCUCUCAACGAAUUUAUUCAAAAUGCAGGAACUGCUAAAGCCGUUGUCGACAAGUAGCCCUAUUUUGGGCAAAACGAAAGAGCAGAAACACGCCUUGAAGAUACCGUCAGACAUCAAGGGCAAGUCCGAUUUCGCGGCUGAUUUGCUCAAUUUGAAAAAUAAGCUCGACUUUAUCGCGCCUGAAUUGAAUUUGCCCAAAAGUGACAUGGAUUAUUCGCUUAAUUUGAGCAAAAGUGCGGAGGUGGGAGAGAGGCCACAGAAAGUGCCAAAAAAUGAUUUUAAUGUGUUUGACUUGAGUUCGGGGAAAAAUUCGGAGGCGGAAGCCACGGAUUUGAGCAUUUCGAACGAGCAGAAGACGAGUGAAGAGAAACCGCUCAAUUUGGUGGUCGAUUGAAGCUGUUUUAUUUGUACUAUAUUUAUUCUAGUCUAUAAUUGACGAAAAUUGUACUCUGGCCCAGUGAUUGGUUAUGUAAGUUUUCUUUUUUAUAUAUUUAUACAAUAACUAGGACCCGCAUCCCAUUUAAAUGUAAAUUUAUUGGCAACAAUUACAUGAAACAGUAAA